GUAUUAACAAGAAAUAAAAAACAACCAGAUAAUUAUAAUUUUAAUUUUAUGAAUUCAUUUUUACUUGCCUAAUUUAAAUUUAAUUUAUCUCGCUCUAUGGUGGGAGAGUUUUGGAGAACAAAGCAAAGAACUUCAAAGGCUAGUAAUUCGAGUACUAAGUCUUACUUGUAGUGCCACUGGAUGUGAAAGAAAUUAGAGCACAUUUGAACAUAUUCAUUCUAAAAAAAAGAACCAUUUGGAGCAACAAAGAUUGAAUGCCUUGGUGUUUAUCAAGUAUAAUAUUCAACUUGAGAUGAGACAAAAAAAAGACAAAAAAAGGGAGAGACAUAUGAUCCAAUAUACUUAUCAGAUAUGGAAUCAGAUGAUGAGUGGAUAACUGAGUAAGAAGAGCCAUGCUUACCGGAUGAUAUGUCUUGGUUGGAUGUAAAUGAAUGUUUUGAUGUUGAUGAAAAACCUAAUAACAGAACAAGGAAGAGAGGACCAAGAAACUUAAAUGUUGAUAAUAAAGGUAAAGGGAAAGAAAAGAUUAUUGAGGAAGAUAUUGAAGUGAUAGAAGAAGAUGAAGGUAAUGAAGAAGAAGAGGAAGAAGAAGAGAAUCAAAAGAUGAUUAUGCUUAAAGAUGAUGACGACGGCGGCGGCGGCGGCGGCAAUGACGACAUUAGCCUUGGGGAUGAUUAUGAUGAUUAAAGAUUUUAUUUAAUUUUUUGAAUGAAUAGUGAAUUAGUAAUACUUCAUGUUUACUUUUAAUUUAUGUUUUAAACUUAGUAUUUUAAACUUAUCUAUAUUUUUUGGGCAUCUUUUUGAGUAUUCAUUGAUUAAUAGAUAGGUAUACAUUUU